CAAAGAUGUUAAUUACAAGGGAUAGACGUACAAAAAUUGAAAAGUCAACAAAAACAAAACAGGAGACAAAAACUACUGAAGAUCAAAAGAAAAGUAUCAAACUCAAAACACAAAUCUGGGAAUUCUCCAAGGUUAAACCCUCUCCAAUCUUCAUCAUUUCUCUCUCUCUUCAAAAGUUUUUCUUUAAAAAAAUCGAAAUUUACAAAUACUUCUUCUACAGUUAAACGAAUCUAAUAACCUUAAAUUCCUGUCACACUCAAUCCCAUUUCCUGUCGCAGAUAUUUUGAACUAUGGAGAUAUUUGAAAGCCGAGUGAUAUUGUCAGGUUGUGGAAAUUAUUAUGUCAGAUUUUUUAGCUGAAGUCUCAUAGAUGGAAGAAGAAACUGUUAUCCGUUGUCUCAACAUAUAUCAAUAUAUUACAGGAGAUUAAUGCUUUAGAGUUCCAUGAUAGGCCGAAAGAUAUCCCACCGUCCAUUUAUUGCAUACAGACCAAUUGGACCCUCUGAUUUAGGAAUUCUCCAACAACUUCAUGCAGAUCUCUUUCCCAUCAGGUAUGAGCCUGAGUUCUUUCACAAUGUUGUAAAUCGCCGUGAAAUAAUUUCAUGGGGAGCUGUUGAUCGUAGUAGACCCGGUGCUCAAAGUGAUGAUCUUAUUGGAUUUGUCACCAUAAAGAUCGUUCUAGCAAGAGAAAGUGAGAUCACUGAUUUGGUUAAAUGUGACUCCACCCAGUCUGAUCAAACUCUAGUGUAUAUUCUCACCCUGGGAGUAGUUGAAGCAUACAGGAAAUUCGGCAUUGCUUCAGCACUGAUCAGAGAGGUCACAAGAUAUGCUAAAACUAUCCCAACAUGCCGAGCUGCAUAUUUACAUGUUAUAUCUUACAAUACUCCAGCUAUCUAUCUGUACAAGAAAAUGUCAUUCACAUGUGUAAGAAGGCUUUAUGGGUUCUACCUCAUUGAGGGUCAGCACUAUGAUGCCUAUUUGUUUGUGUACUAUGUAAAUGGUGGCCGAUCUCCUUGCUCACCGCUGGAGCUUGUCAUCGGGGCAGUCAAAUAUGUAAGGACUAGCUUGAAUUCAGUAGCUAGCAGGCUGUGGAGAUACGAUGAAAAAAAGCCCUGGAGAUGGACAAAGUAUAGAGAAAGCUGUGGUUUUAUGACACCUUCUCAGAGCAAGAGGAAUCUCGUUAACGAAGGCUCAAGCGAGUUUCAGUGUGUGAGUUGUAUUAAUAGACGUUAUACAUCACCAUACAACUCAAGUUCGAUAGAGAGGUGUGGAGCUGCCAAUAUGUAAUCAUCGCAGAUCAUCUGUUUUAUAUGAGAGCAGUCAUAUAAUCUCUUGUUUGCUGUACAUUUCAACGUGCCAAAGAGCUUACCGCCUUUUCAUUGCAGGCAGGUGCUCAAUACAUAUGUAAAUCUUAUUAAAAAUUUCUUUUUCCACAUACAAACAGGAGAUUAUUGUGUAGCUAUGUUCAUCUGGUGCAUCAUGGUGAAUGUAAAGCAUUGAAACUUUCUUCCUAUUUCAUCUUAAUAGAUUUUCAGUUGACAAAAAAAAAAAAAAAAAAAAAAAAAAAAA